GUUCGAACGUUGUCUUGCGCAUCAGACCCGAUGCUCUCAUGGCGUAGGUGCGGACCCAGCUCGCUCGACCAAAGUUUGGCUCCCGCGCCGCCCCGGGACGAUGAUUUACCCUUGAUGGCCGCUCGCAGGACGCCUUGUGACGCCAGGACACGACGGCUUAAUCCACCCCAGAAGUGGGCAGGGCUUUGAAGUAGAGGGAAAUUUGUGAUGUCAAGUUCAUUUGUCAAGGAUUGUUCGGAUGUAUCAGCCCCUGGAAACACAAACUCUGGCAAGACAGUCAUCAUUAUUGUCAACAAUGAAACGGGAAAUGUUUCCCUGGAUGGAGAUGAGCUUCAGAACUUGCUAGCCAGCCAUGGAGCAGAUGGUUCUCAGGUUAGUGUAGUGCGCAUGGGCAGUGGUGGCGUAGGCAAUCUAACGGAAGCAAAUCUUACCGCCCCCUUGCCUGCCACUGGCGACGGAACUACACAUGUCAACCUCACAGUGGAAGGAUAUCCACCUCUACCGCUUGAAGGACAAGCAGGAAACUCGGGAAAUUAUGCAGAGCUACCCUUGGAUGCUGAUGCUUUUAAUAGACUAGAGAGCGUCCUGCAGAGUGAAGAGGCACGCAAGAUUUUAGGGGAACCUCUGAUAGACAUGGUCACACACCCUGAUCACUUGGGAACACUUGAUCAACUAAUGGAUUCCUCAUUCUUUGAAGGGGGGGACUCGGAGGAUGCAAACCUCUCUGUGGAAGGAGAUUCCCAGGAGGCAGCAGGAUCACCACAGAAGCAGGUCCAGUCACCUCCCAAGCGCAGGUCACAAAGACAGAUGGACAAAGCUGAAAAGGAAGAGGUGGUGAAAAUAUUAGCUGAGAAUCAGAAAAAAAUGCAGGAAGAGAAACAAAAGCUAAAUGAAAGGCAAAUGCUCUCUCAGCUGAACAGACUGCCUGCAGUGGUCUCAGAGACAGAAAAGAAUGCAGAAGAAAGUGCUUCAGCCUCACUUGUGGACAGUACAGAAAGCAGAGAGGAAGAUAUAGAGACAGAAGCUGGUGUAAAGGGAGGAGGCCGUAAGGAAAUGGCUGAGAAGGAAGGGGAACCUGUGGCUAGGGGCAGGGGGAGGGGCCGUGGAAGGGGAAGGGGAAGGGGUAGAGGCAGAGGCAAGACAGAAAAGUCUCAGGAAAUGAAAGGUAGAGGGAGAGGGAGGAGAAAAGUUGAGGCAGAUGCAACAGAAACAGUUGGGGCAGGGAGUGAUGAAGAGAAAAGGGACAGGAGAGAAGAUGCUACUACCUCUGUAAGAAGUAGAGGGAGGGGAAGAGGAAGAGGAAGGGGAAAAGGAUGGAAUAGCAAGGAAAACCAGUCAAGCAUAGGAAAAUUGAAUACAGAAAAUGCUGAAGAAAACAAAAUGCAUUUUCCAUCAGGUGUGAAGAUGAAACAGUUGACUGUGAAUGUUGAAAGAGUGGACUUAGAAGCAGGCUCAAAACAAGCUGAUUCCACAGCAGCAGUUAAGGAGAAAUUUGCUGAUGCAGAAGAUGAUAAGUCUCCAAGGAAGAUUAGUGUAAUCAGUGACAGUGAGGGAGUCUUGACAGUACAGAAUGCCUCCAAAGGCUCUCUUGCUGAAGGGCAGGAAAUGGCUACAGGGUCCAAUAAAAAGAGAGAGGAAGGGAUGGGAGGUGAAGGAAAGAAAAAGGCUUUGAAAAAGGAAUCAAUAACUCAGAUACCGAUCCCUCAGUUUGAACCGGCCUUGUUCUCCACCCCUGAUGUGAUGCAGAAAGUUGGGGAGGUGAAUUCUAGUCAUUCUGUGAUGGUGAAGGGAAGUGCAAAGGCAAUCAAGCCUCAGAAAAUCCUUGUGCUUAAGAAAGAGGUUAAACAAGAAGACAGUCAAGCUUUAAAGAGCACAGGUGAAGGGGAAGGGAGUGAAAGUGAUUUAUGCAAAGAGGAAAAGGUUUGCAUUGCAGAAAAUGACAGCAAACCAUUGGAGGAGAGUGUGCUCAAAGACCAGAGUAUGGAGCUAAAGGGAGGGGAAGUGCCUAAGAUGCCACCAGACACUUUGAACUCAGACCCAAGUACAGACAGUGCCGGGGACAAGCGAGUAAGUGAAAACAGGCCUAAAGUCAUUCAGGUGAAGAGUCCCAAAGGAUUCCGCCAAGUGGUGGUGCUGAACUCAGCCAAGGCGGGCAUGUACAGGGAACCGCUCAUCAAGGUCAUUCCCCCAAAGGACCCACCCCGUGAGGAGGAGAAACUUACACCAGCGAAGCAGCGGGCAGCCCUGAAGAAAGAGAAAGUGCACAAGAAAGAAGAAGAUACGCCAAAGGGCACAAAUGACAAGUGGGAGAAUGGAGGACUGAAGGCAGCAGGCAGAAUUGAGGCUCAGUUGAAAAGGGCAGACUCCUUCAAAAGACUAGAAGAUGUAGGAUUAAUGAAGAAGAAGGAAGAAUCACAGAGGAAGAUUGAGGAAAUUCAGAAGAAACGGGAAGAGCUGAUGAAGAAAAGAGAGGCUAUAAUUAAAAGAAAAGAAGUUGCCUUACAACAAAAGCUGGAUGAGCAAAAUGGGAAAGUGGAGACCACUCCAAUUAGAAAUAAUAUUUCAUCUCCAAAGAAAACCAUCCAGCAGAAGAAGGAAACCCAUUUGCCAGAGAAAAAGCCUGUAAAACAGUUGCUUAAGACACCUGCAAAGAAUGCUGCAACACCCACCAGGAAAGCAAUCCUUUCUGCUGAGGAUUCAACUGUAGACGAGUCACCUGUGAGAAGAAGUGGACGUGCUAUCAAGAAGAAGACCUUUGGUGAUGAAAUGCUGACUUUUGACCUGAAGGAAGACAUUGCUACUGGAGAUGCUCCCGAGGAAGAGCAGGAGCAGGAGCAGGAGAGUGAGGAUGAUGAGGAUGAAGAGUCCCUUGAAGAUUAUGGUCAAGAAGAUGACCCAGAUAAACUGUGGUGCAUAUGCCAAAAGCCCCAUAACAAUCGCUUCAUGAUAUGCUGUGAUAAAUGUGAGGAUUGGUUCCACGGAACCUGUGUAGGAAUUACCAAAGCUAUGGGUCACCAGAUGGAGGUAGAAGGCCAGGAGUGGGUAUGCCCAAAGUGCAAAAAAGCCGAGCGCGCCAUGAAAGGAGCUGCGUCACCUACAAAGAAGUGUGCGGUAGAAUCGUGCAAUAAGUCGCCAAAAGCUGACUCCAUCUACUGUAGCAACGACUGUGUUCUGAAGCAUGCACAAAUGUCCCUUAAAAUGUUGGGAAAAUAUGACAAGGACUUAGACGUCCAGUAUGUUGCAAAUGCAGCCACAAUGCCUGUGAAGAGUGAGCCAAGGGUUCUUGUGUAUGAGAAGUCAACAGGAAAAAUACUAACAGGAUCGGCAGCUCCCACACUUCGCCAGUUGAAAGAUUACUUGAAGCAACAUCCAGACUGUGCAGUUCUCCAGCCAGGAAUGAUGGGAGCUUCUGGAACAGUGGCUGCAACUAAUGCUAAAAUUUCAAGUACACAGUUUUAUGGGGACAAGAAGGUCAUCCAGCUUUCCUCAAAGUCAGUUGCAGUGCCGGUUUCUGGUGCUCAUGCUCGGAAAGUCACUGUUGUCAAGUCAUCAGAUGGAAGAAUAAUAGUUAAAGCAUCUGAAUCAGUUGAAAAUGAAUCGACGACCAAAACUCUGACAACCAGUGCGUCUGUGGUAACUCCAAGCAAACCUGUAGUAAUAAGCAGUGUUAAACCUUUGAGUUCACCUGUUAGCUCUACUAGUAAGUCUGAGGAGCAAAAGAAGGAGGAGACAGCUCCUCCCAAAGGCAACCCCAGCAAAAGUGUGCCUGCCAGUCCUAGUACAAAAUCUGUUGAGGAAAAGAGAGAUGAAUCUCUUGCCUCGAAGAGUACCCCAGCAAAGGAAAUUAAAAAGACACCAGCAAAAUCCCUGUCUGCUGAGAAGAAGAAACCAGACCCAUGCGAAGUCCGUGAGAACAUUCGCAAGGGCCUGGCAGAAUGCCUCACUAACCGUGCCAAAGGUGCAGAAAAGGAAUUUACUCAUUUGUCUGAGAACGACAUAAAAUCUCUUGCAGCUGCAAUUGAGAAGGAAUUGUACAACUUCUUCGGCAAGGAUGUAGGCUUUAAGUACAAAUCUCGCUAUCGAAGCCUCAUAUUUAACAUCAGAGACACAAAGAACAGUGGCCUUUUCCGGAAAAUUCUGAAUGGCACCAUAUCGCCUUCCAACCUGGCAAAAAUGACCUCCGAGGAGCUGGCUUCAAAAGAGCUGGCGGAGUGGAGAGAGAGGGAGGAGAAGAAGGAACUUCAAGCCAUUGAGAAGUAUGAAUUGGAUAUGAUAGCUUUGGGUAACCAGUACAUCAUGAAGUCCCACAAGGGAGAAAUAGAAAUUGAUAAAGAUGAAUUUAUAAGGGACAAAGAGAAAGCACCAGAAACACUGAAUUCACUUCCAGCAGAGAAUCUUGGGGAAAUAGUGGAGGACACUUCUGCAGGCCACAAGAAUCACAUAUUCGACCGCAACUGCAAAAUUUGUGUGAAUCAGUCAGACUCAACAAUUACAUCGGAAGACCUUAAAUUGGAAAAGAAGUUGGAAGAGGGAGAUAAGCACAAAAAGGAGAAGAAGGACCACAAGAACAGAGAUUCAGAAAAGAUAAAAGAUAGAAAGGACAGGCACAGUUCUGACAGGGAGAGAAGAGAGAGGAAGGACUCCACAGAUAAGGAAAGACACAGGAGGAAGAGUGUAGAUAGUGAGAAAGAGAGAGAUAGGGAUAGAAAACAUAAAGAUGAGAAGGGGAGGGAUAAAGGCAAAGAGAAGGACAGAGACAAAGAUGAUAAAUCAAAGAGUAGAGAUAAAAGUAAAGAUGAAAAGCACAGUGACAGAGACAAAGAUAGACACAAAGAGAAACAGAGAAGCAGCAGAGAUGAGGAGAGGGAGAGACACAAGAGUUCUAGCGGUGAUAAAGAUAGAAAAGAGAAAGAAAGAAGAGAUUCCAAGGACAAGAAAGAUGACAAGGACAGAAAGCAUAAAGACCGACAUAAAGAGAGGAGAGAUUCCAAAGACAAAGAUCGGAAGCGGAGAGACAGUGAAAAGAGUGACAGAAAAAGGAAACACAGUGAAUCUCGAAGUGAAGACAGGAAAAGAAGAGACAGUGAAAGAGACAGAAGAAGAGACAGUGAGAAGGAGAGACGGCCAUCUGAGGGAGAGAGGCAAGAGCGGGAAAAGGAGGAGGUGAGCACUAGUGAAGAUGUCGUGCUGGACAUAACCACCUUAAGAGGGAACAGCCAAGUCCAGCUAGAUGCCGAUGUUGAGGACACACUGCCAACCUCAACUGUCAUGGGGAGUCCAGACACAGUGGAAGUCAAGGAUUAUAGUUACACUCCCCCCAGCAGAGGUGAUGGAUCUCCGUUACCAUUCCCCAGCAGUCCCUCCUUUCCUCCUCUUCCUCCAGACUCCCCUGAGUAUAUUCCCCCCUUACCAGAGGAGGACCUCCCUCUGCCACCUCCUCUGCCUGACAGCCCCAGAACACCACCCCUUCCUGAGGAGGUUGACCUUGGCUCCACUCCUCCAUUACCCCCUAUGGACGAUGUACCUGACACACCACCACUGCCAGACCAGGAUGCGCCUGCCACGCCGCCCAUUCCUGAUGACGACAUUCCCGCCACUCCACCACUGCCAGAUGAUUACUUGUCCCUUAUCAACGAACGAUCAAACACUCCCCCCUUGCCAGGGUCUGGUGUUGAUCUCCAUGGCAAAAUCUCUUCCUCUCUGGGACCACGCAAUGCUGAUGACUUGAACAGGCUAACGCCGCCCCCAGUAGGAUCCAGCAGCUUAUCCAGCAGGAGUGGGCCACCCCCAAAGGUUAUUUCUGCUGAACCGAUGACUGUAUGGAAGGGUAUCAUCCACAUGCCAGAUGUGGCCAAGUUCUCAGCUUCUGCUUUUGAGGUGUCUGGAAAAGCGCAGUUCCUUCCUGAAGAUGUACCAAACUCUGUUGAAGUUGUUGGUCGUAUUGCACCUGAGACUGUGUGGAGCUACAUUGCUCAGAUGAAGAAGAGCGGAUCAAAGGAAAUUCUUGUAGUGCGUUUCCAGCCUGCAAAUGAAGAAGAGAAAGUGUCAUACAUUGCUCUCUAUUCCUAUUUGUCAUCCAAGAAGAGGUAUGCAGUCAUUGGAAACUGUGAAAAGUCUGUCAAGGACUUCUAUAUUGUGCCUCUUGCAUCCCAUCAGCCAAUACCACAGGUUCUGCUCCCGUUAGAUGGUCCAGGCUUCGAGGAACACCGCGCCCACAUGCUGAUUGGUGUCAUAGUCCGAGGGAAGCACAAACGAGUUUUCGACCACAUAACUGGGACUUGGAGUAUAGUUGGUGUUGCUGCCCCACCUCCCCCUCACAACCUGCCUGUUAGCCAUAAGAUUCAUGAUUCUUCAGAAAGAAGUUACACCCCACCCUUACCAACAGAUGAAGAUAUCCAAGAAAUCGCCUUGGCUGCAAAGGAUUCUGAGGAGGAGGUGGAGGAAGCAGGGAUUGGCGAAAGGUCAUACACCCCACCACCACCCCCUGAUCGGUCAGGGGAGUUGAACUUGGGCAUUGCGCAAACAUCUCUGAAGAGACCAGCAAGAGAUUACAAAGAAUCAUCACUGCCAAAAAAACGAUUUACUGGUUUAGAGGACCAGCCACCUGAGGCAGACUCAGCAUUCCAGACUCAAGAGCCAAACAGCCCCCCUGAAGAGACUUAUAUGGAAGCCUCACUGGACCAGGAAUCAAUGCUUGCAGAGCUUAACCGUCAGAUUGAAGAGCACAAAAAGGAACUGAGUGAGAUGCAGAAAACCAUAGUCAACGAUGAUGAAGAGCCCUAUAGCCCCUCAAGAUCUCAUACUCCGCCGCUGACUGGCAAAGAGGAGCUCAAGCUUGACACUUCCAAAAUUAGUAUUCCAUCAAAUCUACAAGAAAUUUUAGAUAAUAUUAAACAGAAAGAGGUAGAGAUUAAAGAGAAAGAGCAGGAAAUUAAAAGAAGGUUAAGUUUGUCAGCUGAUCCUAUUGUUAUGAAUUAUGCAAAAUACCAAGAUAGCAAAAAUAAAGCUUUAGGAGCAUCCACAUCAGAAGUGAGUAAGGGGGAUGUAGAUAUGCGACCUUUGUUACAUAAUAAGACAACAAAAGAUCUUGACCUUAGGGUAUUACAGACUACAGAUAAGAAUAAAGUUACUGUCGCAAAUGAAACAAAACAUGAAGAAGAUACAGACCUUAGAGUUAGGGACCCUAGACUAGCUCGUGCACAAGCGGCUGCUGCACUUGAUGCCAAAGAGAAAGGUAAGACUUUAAGCAAAAUGAGCGAUGAGGAGCUUCUUGCCAAAGCUCAGGAAAUGGAGUCCAAUGAGGAUAUUGGCAAGCAAGCUCAUCCAGGAGGGGCCAACAUGGAAGCAAUGUAUCACCAGCUUCCUUACAUGCCAGCUGGUCCAUCUGGUGGGUUCAUGCACCAAGGAGCCCCUGCACUACCUCCUGAUGACAUGGGUUGCUCCAUGGGACCCCCACCUCCACCACCACCAGGUGUCAUGGGUCCACCGUCCUUUUCUGGACAAUCAGGACCUCCACCUGUGGGCAUGUACCCACGUAAUCAUGGGAGCAGAAUUCCAGGCCCACCGUCCCACUCUGGCGCACAUGGGCCACCAAGUCACUCUGUCCCACAUGGUCCUCCAGGUCACCCAGGCCCUCAUGGCAUGCCGGGUCCACAUGGUCCUAUUGGUCACACUGGCCCUCUUGGUCCACAUGGUCCACACGGCAUGCCAAAUCAUCAUGAUAAUAUGAGUAUGCAUGGUAUGCCAAAUCCCAUGAGCUCUCAGGGGCCUGGAGGUCCUAUUUACCCAGAGGGUGGUUGGGAAGGAGGCAAAAAGUAUAGUGGCAGGGGUUGGGGACGGCACUAUGACAACCCUCCAAGGGACAGAGACAGAGACUGGUAUCCUAGGUCAGGUAGAGACCGAAGCCAUCAAAGGUAUCCUUACAAAGGUAGACGCCACAGGUACGAGGGAAGAGGUGAAAAGAGAGGGUGGGAGGGCCAUGAUGGUCCCAGAGAGAGAGACAGAGAGAGAGAUCGAGACAGAGACAGGGACAGGGACAGGGACAGAGAGAGAGAGAGAGUGCAUGAGGAUCAUGACAGGGAUGAGGAGGAGGAAUAUCCAGAAAUUGAUUAUUAGAUUCAGAAAUGCAAGUUGAUUUAAAAUGGAAAAAAAAAAAAUCUUUUGAUACUAGGAAAAGUAUGAUAGUGGAUUUUGGUAGAAAUGGUCUAUUACAAUAAAUAUUUAGAAGAAACAAUUUAGGGAGAGUUGGCUAAAGUUACUGCCAAGUAUAUUUUGUUAACAGUGAAUUAAUAAAUUCAUAAUUUGUCAGGUUGGUUAUAUUGUUAAACAAAAGCUAACCAGUGAUUUUGUAAAUAUGUGUAUUUGGCAUAUUGUUGUAUGAAUGCAGGAAGGUAUAUUACACUUGUUUUACUCGAUAUGAAACAGGCUUAACAAUUUUUUAGUUUAAAAUGGAAAGAUUUUAAUGUUUGCAUUAAAAUUAGAGUUUGAGUAUUCUCUGCAGUGUCAGGUCCAACAGUAAAGCUUCACCUGAAUUGUAUAUUUACAAGCAAUAUGUCUGCUUUAGGACAAAUCCUGGCAGAAGUGACUUCAUUUCCGAAUAUCUUGUCAGCCUAUAAUGCUGUAUGCUGUUGUGUUAUGACAUACAGCUUGAACCAUUUUGUAAAUAUGUAGAAUAAGGAAUUUUAGUGGCUUUGUUGUGUAGGAAAGACUGUUCAGUUUUUACAUACAAAUUACAGUUGUGGUUGUAUAGUGAUGUAUGUGAUUAUUUUCAUGUUUUGGUCAAAUCAGUGGAGGGCAUUUUUUGUUAUAGCUAUGUAGACUUUAUUUCAUCUUCAUGUCUUGUCUUUGCACUAGUACCAGCUCCAUCUCCCCCCUUCUUGACAGUUACUCGUGGAAGGUCUCAGACCAAUUUUGUACAAGUGCUUGACAUGGAAGUAGUCAAUUUAUAUCACUGUAUAGGCACAUUUUUUCCAUAUAUUUAGAAAAAAUGUUGCAUGGCAGUAAGUGGCUGUGUAUAUUUUAUGAACAUUAUGAGCAGGCAUUCCUAUGAAGAAUAUAUGUAUGUUGUUGAGAUUUUUUUAUAUAUACAAAGUACCUGUAUUUUUAAGCAAAAAAUUUAUGCUUGAAUAGUCAAAGCAAAUAAAAUAUAAUUUUUUACAAGCAUUUUCACUUUCCUUAGUUUGUACUAAAAAGAUAAAAAUACACAUGGAAAUUUGCAAGAAACUGGAAUGCCUGCAAUCUAUGUUCAUGACAAGUGUUAAUUAAAACAUGAAUUCCCAAGGACACUAUGCUAUGGCAUUUUUUCAUAAAUGAAUGUACGAACAUUGGAGGAAACAACUGGUGGUUAUUACAGAUUUAUAUAAAUAUGUAUAUAGACAAAAUUAUAUGUACACAGAUCUAAGUGCAUGAUACAAUUCAACUAUUUUUCACCGUGUGUUAUGGGCAGUUUGGUCGCGACCUUCAUGUCAUUUGUCAUCAGUAUUGUUAAGAAAUAAAGCCGUCAAUCUGGAAUUAGUUGGCGAAGACACCGUAAAUAAAUCACUUUAAACCAUC